CUAUUCGACCUGGUCGAGAACGAAUUAUGCACUCAGCGUCCAAUCUUAAAAACUUGUUAAUAUGCGUGUCACAACAGGAAAAAAUUCUUUGUUCACGACUAACAUCCUUUGUUAGAGACUUAUGCAAAUGUCGAGUGAUAAGAUUGAAAACAGCGUGCAAUAUGCAGCAGUCUAAAAAUGUUAUCAAUUAACGCUUGACCGUGAAUUCCUAAUGAGACACUAUCAACAGAGCCUGAGAUUGAAACGACAUAUCAACGUUAACAGCAACAUAAAGAGCAGUGAUUCUACAAGAUGGCUAACUCUGCUCCAGCGAUCAUAGCAGCUGUCGUAGGCAUUGCAGCUUUACUCAUCGUCAUUCUUAUCCCGACCAGCUUCUCUGAUGUGGAAUACUACGAGCUCGGCUUCAAGAGACGUAAGUCCACUGGUUAUGUAGACAUCAGCGAGGUGUACACCUCAGGUCGGUACUUCGUGGGUCCUGACUACACCUUCAAGGUUUUCCAAGCCGAUGCUCAUUUUGUCGAGCUUAACGAGAUUUCUGUGUGGACUGGGGACAAAAUUGAAAUCAAAAUCAGUUGCAAUUUUCAAUAUUUUCUGAGAAAGGACUUUCUGCCAGAUUUACAUGAGGCCUAUAAUGUCGACUACAAGCCUGUUGUCAGGGGAACGGCUAUUGACGCCAUAAAAGGGCGCGCUGCAGAUUUACCAAUCGACGACUACAUCAGGAACCGAGAAAAUAUCGAAAAAGAACUGUUCAAAGCUCUUGCCAAGCGUGUAGAUGGCUGCUGCAGUGAAACCUGUCCCACAGAACAAGAGAAGAUGCCCGCUUGUGGCUACUGCAUUGAAAAUUCCUUGUGUAAGAAUGACGAAAGAGGAAUGUUCGUGGAAGUCAGAUACUUCCAGUUAUUGGCGGUCGAUGUGCAUGACGAUGUGAAAAGUCGGUAUCUGCGUCAAGUCACAGAGGCGGCUGAAGAAGAACGGGCUCAAUUUGAAUUGCGGGAAAAGGUUGUUCGAAAGGAAACCGAAAGGAUUAAGAACGAGAUCUACAACGAAGCCCGAGAAAUUGCCCAGAAUGCGAGCGCUAAAGCCGUGGUUAUUGACGCCAAUGCAAAAGCGAAAGCGCUACGGGUGGUGGAGGAAGCGAGAGCGGAAGGCCUCAAGAAUCUGUACUCGGCACUGGGUAUUACUACUGACGAGGAAAAAGCUGCUUUUAACUACCUACGAUCUUUGCGGCAGAAUAAAAACAUCAAACUUAACGUAGGCUACAAAUCCCUGGCCCAAUUCCAAAAUUAAAACGCACUAACAAACAACCUCGUUUCCAGGGUCUCAUCUUCCCGCUCCAGAAGGGCGGGAAGAUGAGUGACCCUGGGAACGAGGUUGACUAACAAACUGAGUCCGUAAUGCAGUAAAUGGAGAAACCUAAGAGUCGCCGACAUUGCCAGAAUUUUUUGUUUUUGCCUCACACACUAAAGCCUCUUCUAGGCACUUUGCCGUUCGUGAAGACGAGUGGACACUGGUGGCUGUUGUUGUUAUAGAGAUGAGAAACGUUUGCAAACGAGAGCUAGCUUGGCAUAGGCUAACUAACCACCGCAAUUAUAUAAUUAGGGGCUGUACACGAAGUAACGCCCGUAACAAAAGCGCCCGUAAGAAGAUAUAAAGAAGAUGGAAUUUAUACGUAAAAGUGCAAGGUUUUGGUUGUGUAUCAAUAAAAUGUACUUGAUCCCCG